AUGUCGUCUCUCAAAAGACCCCUCCCGGAGCAGUUGCCCACGCCGGAGGAAUUGGCCCGGGUUUUCAAAAAACCUACUCGGGACCACAACGACACCAAGGUCAUGGCACAGCUACCACCGCCUUCAAACCACGAACUGGGACUAGAUGCUCCGCUAAGACAUGCUGUGCCUCCUUCCAUAAUGCCCGUUUUGGCUUCUCCCUACAAUGAACACGACUUCUUUUCAGACUUGCAACAAUACUCAGACGAGGAGACCCUACAACGGAAGGCACAGAUAGACCAGAUAUUGCACUUCUUUCCGCCACCAGCACAGCCAUUAAUACCGCAUGAACAGGUGAAAGCAGAGGGUGGAAUCGCUGUGCCUUUUAUAUAUCCGCCAGUUCCGGCCCUCCGACCUGACUACCACUUGAACGAUACCUUCUUGAAGCCAACAAUCAGCCCUGUGGAACAGCAGCACACAACACAACAGCCAUACGAGCGGGCUGAAAUUAAACGCUUCGGUAUGAAUGAUAGCAUAAUCUGGCCCGUGAUACCGCCACUACCGUUCCCUCCUCCACGCUACAUGCCUUACCCAUUGAUGGCACAGAAGGCACCCUUAACCCCAGGAGAGGUUUUUGAGGAGUGGAUUGAGGCUCUGGAGCACUUGCCAAGGGUGGAUAUGGUUGUGGCUAGUGCAGCAGGCUCGAUCGUGGAUAUACGGUCGGAGCUGGAAGCACUCGGGUUUGAUGUAGUGAAGCUCGACCGAUGGAUUAAGGAUAGGCAGCAGGAGCUGGAUCCUGAGGGCGAAGAAGGUGUGAAGAGUGAAACGGAUCUGGAUGCUGAACGGGACGACUACGCCAGAUACGUGAAACAAGUCGACACCACCAAUGUAUUUGACAUUCAUGCAAACGACAGGCCCAAUUUGCUUGAGGUGCAUUCGGAUCUCAGAAAGGAGUAUUUACGAGUGGCGCCUUCUGAAGAACAAGACUCCCUGCUGGUUCUCAAGACUCACGAAUGGAGUGAAGAAGACAUAGUCGAGGGUGCAUCUGAUGUGAUGCCUCUUCCAGCAUACUUGAGACACGCAAAGGACGUUGUGAACGCUGGAGGUGGUACAAAAGAUAAGAGGAGGAGAGAGCUAUUGGAGUCAGCGAACACCGUGACACGGUUUGUCGACUAUCACAAGAAAAAAGUGUAUGCUGCUCGUAAGCUCAAGCUACUAGAGCGUUUACGGAACCUUCAGAACAGCAGAAUCUCCCUCAAUGACAAAAAUUUGUCCACAGACGAUGUCGAGCUCAAUGAGUUUAUUCAAAAUCGGAAAAACGAGCGGGAUCACGAAUUGCUCCGUUUGAAGCUCUAUCACAAUCAUGAGAAGCUCAAGGCGGCACAAUUGUUCUACCAGUCGUCCAACAGCACCUACAAGGGCCUCAACAGGAUCAUCAUCAAUAAGUUGCGCAAGCUCAAGCACUUUCUCGAACACCAACAACUGGUGCUUGCCGGUAUUGGCCCCGAUGCCGAGAUAUUGAACUUGAGAAGCAAGGACAGCGCCAAUUUGGUGAAUUCCUUCGUGGAACAAGAUUACUCCAACGAUGUCAAGCAGGUGUUUCGUAAUGCCACCAUCAACGAAGACAGGGGAGAGAACAACCCACCCGACGUGAAGGUUGCAAACUUCAACAAGGUCUACACCAGUCGGGAGCAUUCACCUCUGGUGCAUGACUUUAUGCCAUUGGCAACUGAAGAAGAAUUCAAACUAGUCACUGGAGAUGCUCCAACGAAGCUAAGUGCCAAGGAUCAGGCCCUCAAGGGCAAAUUCUCCAGGCACCAGAUCUUCCAGAGUCCAUUGUACGACAGAAUCACGUCUGGAUCGGAUUCAAAUGCUUCUGACAGCACAGCAUCGACAACCAAGAGAAGGCCGGGUAGAAGAGCGGCGCCCAAACCCUUGUUAGGAGAAGAGCCCAGCAAAGAACGCAGUGAAGCAGCACUUGUGGCCAAAAUAAUGAAGCAGUUCGUUGGACCAGCAGCGGCCAACGCAGACGAGCUCACUGAGGAUCUCGACUUGAUGAACGUGAACACUCGGUGGCCCGUCAGGUAA